UUCGAGUUGAAGUGAAGUGAAGACGUGAUUUCAAUCGGCAAUGCUGGCGCGCAUGAAGCUGCGCAUCCAUCAAUGACUCCUGCUCAAGGUUCUAAAACAUGCACCGCUUGGACGUUCUGCUGAUGUUUUUGGUUCUGUUGAAUUAACUUUCCUGCUACGCCACCAUGAGCAUCACCGCCAGCGUCGAGCAGCUUGCGGCGCUGCAGGCGCGCCCCGAAUGCAUCCGGAACAUCUGCGUGCUGGCGCAUGUGGACCAUGGUAAAACGACGCUCUCCGACAACUUGAUCGCCUGCAAUGGACUCAUCCACCCGAAGAUGGUUGGCAAGCUGCGGUACAUGGACUACAGGGAGGAUGAACAGGAAAGGGGCAUCACAAUGAAAAGCAGCUCUAUCUCGCUGCUGUUCCGCCCCAAGCAACCGGCGGCAUAUGAUGCUAAGUGCCCUGAGUAUCUAGUCAACCUGAUAGACUCGCCCGGCCACGUGGACUUUUGCAGCGAGGUUUCUACGGCGGCGCGGUUGAGCGACGGAGGCCUUGUUUUGGUGGACGUUGCAGAGGGCGUUCACAUCCAGACCCAUGCAGUACUCCGGCAAGCGUGGGAGGAGCGAGUGCGGCCGUGCCUGGUGCUCAACAAGAUUGACCGCCUCAUUAUGGAACUUAGGCUGACGCCUCUGGAGGCAUAUGAGCGAAUGAAGGCUAUCAUUGCUGAAGUCAACAACAUCAUUAACGGCUUCCGCUCUGAGAAGUGGAUCUCGGACGUGGACGCAGUGCUGGCCGGUCCGAACACGGAUGGUGUGAAUGGACCUGAGGAUGGCGGGGAAGAGCAAGACGAACUGCUGGACGAAGACGAGGAGGACGCGUUCGCACCUGAGAAGGGCAAUGUCGCGUUUGCAAGCGCCAUGGACGGAUGGGCGUUCAGGAUCGAACAGUUUGCCGAGCUGUACGCGAGCAAGUUAGGCGCAAGCGAAAAGGCCCUUCGGCGCGCCCUCUGGGGCGACCGUUACUACCACCCCAAGACCAAAAAGAUAGUCGGGCGGAAGGCCGCAGCCGGGCGGCUUAAGCCCAUGUUUGCGCAGUUCUGCUUGGAGCCCGUCUGGCAGGCAUACACAGCUGUGCUGGAUAGCGAGGAACAAGAGCGGGGAGAGAAAGUGGCCAAGAUCGUGAGGGCGAUGAACCUGGCGGUGCCGGCGCGGGACCUGCAGCACAAGGACACGCGCGUGGCAUUGCAGGCGGUGAUGAGCAGGUGGCUUCCUCUCUCGGAGGCCGUCCUGGGCAUGGUCGUCUCCUGCCUGCCGGGGCCCCGGGAGGCGCAAGCCGACCGCCUGCCGCGCCUGCUGCCGAAGCGGCUCGUGCGCGCGAGCGCGCCCACGCAGCUCGUGGAGGAGAUUGCGCGCAUCGACACUGCCGUGGAGAAUUGCGACGGGGUCCCCGGGGCGCCUUGCAUGGUGUUUGUGUCCAAGAUGAUUGCCGUACCCUUUGAGCAACUCCCCCGCCGGCCCCCCGGCCGCGAGUACCACCUGGACCAGGCGGACGUCCGAGGGAGCGAAGAUACGGACGCGGGACCGUCCGGCAAGGGGGAGUGCUUCGUCGCAUUUGCGCGGGUCUUCAGCGGGCGGCUGCGAGAGGGCCAGCGCGUGUUCGUGCUGUCGGGGGGGUACGAUCCGACGGAUCCGGAGGGAUCGAAACGUCACAUUCAAGAGGCUGUCGUAGAGGGCCUGUUUCUCAUCAUGGGCCGCGGCCUCGAGGCGGUGGACAGCAUCCCCGCGGGCAACGUAUGCGGCAUUCUGGGGCUUGGGCAGCACAUCCUGAAAGCGGCAACGCUCACAAACACGCGCGCGGCCUGGCCCAUGGCCAGCAUGAUGUUCCAGGCGGCGCCAAUCGUCCGGGUCGCCGUGGAGCCGGCGGAUCCGGCGGACAUUCCGGCCCUAGUCCGUGGUCUGCGACUACUAAACCGCGCGGAUCCGUUCGUCGAGGUGCUCGUGUCCGGGAGCGGGGAGCAUGUCAUUGGGGCCGCAGGGGAGGUGCACCUGGAGCGGUGUAUACGCGAUUUGCAGGAGCGCUUUGCGAAAAUAAAGCUUGAGGUGUCCCCGCCCCUAGUUGCAUUCCGUGAGACCAUCUCCGAGCCCGAACCUGCCUCCGACCGAGCCGUUACGAAAUGGGGGGCACGGAAACGCCUGGCGGCGAGCCCCCUGGUGGAGGACAGCACGCCCGAUGGUCGGUGCACCGUCCGCGUCAGAGUCGUCCGGCUGCCAGGUGGCAUCACCACAGUUCUCGACGAACACGCGGAGCUUCUAAGGGGAAUUUUGACCGAAGAGGGGGGGUCGAGCGCGGGGCGACGGAGGGGGGGCGCCGAGGCGGCGGGGAAAGAGGAGGAAGACCCAGUGUCAGUUCUGAGGGAUCGGCUGAUACAAGCGGCGGAAGAAGCAGAUGCCGAGAGCGAAGGUUCAGACGUCCGUGGGGAGGGUACGGACGCCAGACCCGUGGGUUCGGACACCAAACUGGGGGGAACGGGCGCCAAACCCGGGGGUUUGGAGGCGAGAACCCUCACGUGGAGAAAGCUUCUGGAAGGGAUGUGGGGUUUGGGCCCUCGAGGGGUGGGGCCCAACGUGCUUCUAGUCCCUGAGGUUUGGCGUCCGGACGUUGGGAAACUGCCCGGGGGGGUUCGGGAAGAGGGGAAAGAGGGGGGGGCAGCACGGAGUGCGCGGUCUCCAAGCCCUGCCGUUAGUGCGGGGUUAGAGCGGGGAGUGCUGGUUACGGAAGAACCGACGGUCAGUGGUCGGCUGGGGCUGUUGCAGAAGCGCAAAACUCCGCCGACGGCAGGUUCUGUUGACGUGGGCGAAAGCUCGGGCGCUUCCAAAGGGCCCGAUUCUGCAGUGCCUUCCGCACUGGAAACGGGGGCCCUGUCAAACGACGAGUCAAACGCACUGUCCCCAGACCAAGACGUAAGCGGGCAAGAUUUUGAAGACGGAGUUAGAAGCGGGGUUACUAGCGCGGACCGGGAUCUGAGCGCCCAAGAGCUGGCCGAAAGCGCGGUUAGCAGCGUGGUUAACGGGUUUCAGUUAGCGACGGCGGCUGGCCCGCUGUGUGAGGAACCGUUGUGGGGGUUAGGGUUUAUCGUCGAAGCGGUGGUUAAGGCCGAAAGCGGGGAAGCGGAGAACGAAGACAGGGCGACCACCGGUCAUGGUCCGUUUUCGGGUCAGGUCAUUACCGCGGUUAGGGAGGCGUGCCGGAAGGCGGUUCUGGCGGCUAACCCGCGGUUAGCGGAGGCGAUGUAUUUGUGUGAGGUGUCGACGACGGCGGAGGCGCUGGGGCAGGUUUACGCGGUUCUGGGCAAGAGGCGUGCGCGCGUGCUGAAAGAGGAGAUGCGCGAGGGCACGGCCAUGUUCACGGUGCACGCGCACAUGCCCGUCGCGGACAGCUUCGGCUUUGCGGACGAGCUGCGCCGCAAGACGUCCGGCGCUGCGUCGCCGCAGCUCGUGCUCAGCCACUGGGAGGCGCUGCCCGAGGAUCCAUUUUUCGUUCCUCGGACGGAAGAAGAGCUUGAAGAAUUUGGUGACGGGAUCGGCCUGGCCCAGAACAUUGCUCGGCGGAUGAUGGACAAGGUGCGCCGGCGGAAGGGCCUUCCGGUGGAGGAGAAGAUCGUGGAGCACGCCACCAAGCAGCGGACGCGCGCCAAGAAAGUGUAAAGAAGGAUCUCGCAGGAGUCAGGAAGCGUGCGGAAGCCUUGCAAGAUGGGAACCGCAAUAAGGGACUGGUGAGCAAACAAUAAUCGGAAACAGAGAUGUUCAGAUUCCCAAAGAACCGGUUGGCAUGGCAGUGAACGCCUCAUAAUGCUGGCGACCAGCUUGUGUGGACACGUGGACCCACUCCAUCUUCUACAUCCAGUGGCAACUCUAAGCGGCAG